CACUUCCGGAGUUAGAGGUAAAUAAACAUGCUGGCUGUAAUGUCAUUGAAAAACAUAUUGACAUUUGAGCUGGUUAACAUCAGUUUUUAAACAUCACGAGUUAGAUCUUCAGCCGAUUAAACACAAAAUACAACUCGGUUCUGAACAGGAAGUAAAGGAUGGCUCUUCUGUGCGUGCGACCGUGCACUCGCCACAUGAGCGCAGGGCUUCGAGUCUGCGGCUAUGCGACUCUCAGUAAAUCAUCCAGACCCCAGGAGAAGGACAACAGCGGCCCGGUCUUUCAGUAUGUCGGCGAGCACAAGAAGCCCAACCACAAAGUGUUCGUUUGGGGCUUCAGCUUCACCGGAGCUCUGGGUAUCCCGAGCUUUGUGGUGCCCGACAGCGGCAGGAAGAAACCCCGCAAAUACCAACUCACUCCUUACCGGCUGGAGACGGCAAAGCAGAUCUCAUCUGCUGCUUGUGGCUACGGCUUCACUCUCAUCGCCUCCUCGACCACAGAUGUGACCAAACUGUGGGGCAUGGGCCUGAACAAGGACUCCCAGCUGGGCUUCCAACGCACGCAGAACAGCCGCCAUCACAGCUACGACUACGUGCUGGAGCCGUCCCCGGUGGCUCUGCCUCUCGCGGAGCCUCAGCAGACCAGACUGGUUCAGGUGGCGUGCGGCCGCGCUCACUCUCUGGUCCUCACCGACAGAGAGGGAGUUUUCAGUAUGGGUAACAACGCGUACGGACAGUGUGGAAGGAGGAUCAUUGAAGAUGAAGUCUACAGCGGCAGUCACGUCAUUCACAAGCUUGACGGCUUCAGCAGCAGAGUGGUCCAGGUAGCGUGUGGACAGGACCACAGCCUCUUCCUCACUGACACAGGAAAGGUCUUUGCUUGUGGAUGGGGCGCAGAUGGACAGACGGGUCUUGGGCAUCAUAAAAUCAGCUCCAGCCCGGUGGAGGUGGGAGGGGAUCUGGCGGGGGUGGAGGUGCAGCAGAUCAGCACGUAUGGAGACUGCAGCCUGGCCGUGUCCAGAGACGGGCAGCUGUUCGGAUGGGGCAACUCUGAGUACCUGCAGCUGGCUUCUGUCACCGAGUCCACUCAGAUCAACACUCCUCGACAUCUCCCUCUGAAAGGCUUCGGGAAGGCAGUUCAGGCGGCGUGUGGAGGGACACAGGUGGUCGUCCUCAACGACAAAGGAGAAGUGUUCGUUUGGGGUUACGGGAUUCUUGGAAAAGGCCCCAAAUUAUCUGAAUCCUCGACCCCAGAGAUGAUUCCCUCCACGCUGUUCGGACGCUCCGAGUUUAACCCCUCGGUGGUCGUCACCGGCGUCAGGUGUGGCCUCAACCAUUUUGCCGCAGUGACAGACCGAGGCGAGCUCUUCGUCUGGGGGAAGAAUGUGAGAGGUUGUUUGGGCAUCGGGAAGAGAGACGACCAGUACUUCCCCUGGAGAGUGACCGUGCCGGGUCAGGUGGUGGACGUAGCGUGUGGCGUCGACCACAUGGUGGCGCUGGUGAAGUCCCUGCUCUGAGCUUCAUGUGUGUUCCAGCAGUGGGGAUGAAAGGCUGGAUGGUUUUGGCUGACCCUUCCAGCCCCCAUCAGAGACCAGAUCGGGAGGCCACGCUGGAGUCUAAAAACCCAGCUGCUCUCUGCAGGCGAGCGACCCUCGUUGUCCCUCCGUCCUGCAGUUAACGUCAAACCGAGCAGACGCGUCGACUCUGCAGCACACGGACACAGACUGUAUCACUCUACCCUGCACGAAGGUUGUGGAGUAAAGACAGUGGAAGGAUUUGGUUUGAGCUAAAUUUACCUAAAUUUACCUAAAACCAAGCUGUGAAAAAGUGCAAACAUUUCUGUGGUUGAAGCUUCUGCAACGUGAGGAUUUUCUGUUUUCUCUGAUCUAUGAAACCAGGAAAAUAUCUGUGAGUGUUUUGGACAAAACAUGAAAAUCUUCAACGCCAGCUUUAAGGAAACCAAAUGUGUUUUUUACCCAUUUCUUGUAUAAAAAAAAUGCAGAUGAAGAUUAAUCUAUCAUGAACAUUUUUCAUUCAUUCUUAGUCGUUGUGAUGCCCGUCAUUUCCAUCAUUUUGUUUCUCUCGUAACUUAAAGUUGGUGUAAGAAGCAUUUUUCAUUGCCGUUUGUAAACACAACAUUCAAACUGGACCCGUCCUGCUGACGUGCACACUCACUGCAGGAUGUAGUGUGUACGUUUACUGCAUGCUACCGCUAGCACAAGCUAGCCACAGGUGUUUGGCACAACGGAGAGCCGGUAAACUCUGGGUCCUGGUCCCUACCCUAAACCAAAGUUCACCCUCCUUUUAGAACGAGCUUCAUCCACUUGGUGUCUCGCCUCGCUGUGAUUAGAUUUUCUCUUCUUUGCUGCUACAACCUCGUCCGUCAUAUUCACCGGUUUGAAUCGCUUCCAAUCGCUGAAUUGUAUCCACUCUUAAACUCACCUGCUGCGCUGUCAUUGGCUGGAGGACACUCACCAGCUCCCCUCCCAGAAACGUCCAGUUGUCAACCAGAACAAACCAGAACAGUAAAAUCCAGUCAGAGGACAGAGUCUCUGCAGACACAGUCACCACCACACAUGUAAGAAGGUUCAUUCAGACUCAGGUAAUAAAAUAUUCAGGAGGAUUCUUCAGGAGCUUCAAUCUGUAAAUUGUCUUGUGAACAUGUUUCGUUACCUCUCAUGUUUAUUUGUUGCUACAAAAAGAAGGAAAUGUGUUCAGUGGAAGUGACUCACUGUUGAAUAAACAGGACUCUUUGCCGUUUGGGGAUUACCUCAAACAAAACGCUGUGUGCCGGCUGUGAAAUGUUGGUAAAAAAACAUUUGAAGAGCCAGUCGCAGCAUUAACAGUCCCCAAAAAACAAAAUGAUUACCUCGCUGCCAACGUCAGAUAGAGGUGAGGACACUCUGCCCCCGAGAGAAAACAGGUUUUUGAGGAUUCAAUUUUACAUCCUGCACUCGUGUUUCACCCCAGUGUGUUCAUGUUUGUUUUUGUUUUUUUGUAGAAAGCAUCAGAUAGCUUCAGGAAGCUGCAAAAAGAUGGACUGCUGCCAGCUGGGAAGGAUAAGACAUUUUUCAAAAUCAAAUAUGAAUGAAAGAUUUUGUUUUGGACUCCCAGCUGGAGAGUAUCACAGGAUGACUGUUUAAUACCUUUAAGGACACAAGAUACAUAAUAAAUGUUACUUAUAUCAAAAUAUCAAUAAAUAUAUUUUACUAAAACAUCA